AUGAACAUGGAAGGAUUAGACAAGAUGGAAAAGAGUGUGAAGCGCUUGCGUGAACGCAUAGCCGAGGAAAAUGCGAAGCGACCGCGGACCCAGAUGCUUGGCGUGGGGCCGAACAUAGGCCCACGGGAUGCUGCCCGCGCACGCGCCGAAGCCGCCGACGCCGCCGCGAUGUACGCGGCACUCACGCACGCUACUGGAGAGACGCGCAACCAGCAGCCAGCAAUGGCGGCCCAGUUAGCCGCUAGGCGGACCGCCGUCGCACGCGCUGCCAGCAGACAUGCCGUCAUCAUCCACGCGGAAAUGACCCGCGCUCUGUCAGUGCACGCGAUCGCCGCUAACGCAGCCGCAAGGUACGCGACCAUGGCCAGCAUGACGGCGGGCACCCACGCUGAAAAUGCCGACACCGCACAGGCUACAACAGCACGCGCCGUCACAGCCCAAGCAACUGCACGACAGACCCUCGCCGCGCGCACGGCCGCCGUACACGCGACAGCGGCGUUCACCAACGCAGCGCGCGCCGCCGACGAAAUCACCGGGCGCACCCUAGCCUCUUCCCCAUCCUUCAGUCCUUCGGGGGACGACAGGUACAACACCGCCGGGGCAGCCGCCUUCUCGGUGAGGAGGGUAGCUUCAGAUCACGACACUAGACACGGGAGCGGAAUGGACACGGGCAAGACUGCGUCCACUGGUAGCCCGCCCAACGAAAAUACAACAAUCGACAGCGCAUCGCACACCACCUCAUCGGACACCAGCACGACCACCGAUAGCCCAACAGGCGAGAGUCCCGCCAGCGAUAGACCGGCUAACCAGGACACCGACAUGGCGUUGGCCGAACACCUUGAAAUCGAGCUAUCCUCGGACGAGGAACAACCACCGCAGGCAUCGACGGGCCCGCGAGCAAUUUUCCCGCCAGGACCAGGCGGAAUAGCGCUGUAUGAGGCCGACCUGCGGACACUGACAGGACCCUAUUGGGUGACAGACACAGUCAUCGAUGCCUGGGCAAAGGGCCUGGAAGCCACGCUCAACAUACGAG